AUGAUCGGCCACUGCGAUAUGGAUUCGACCAAUAACGCGCGGGCUGUUGUCAUUCCAUGGUAUCUGGUCCUUCCUUUACUGUAUGUCUCAAAACUGAAACCGACGACCGAGAUCGCCCUGUCAAUCCCUUCUAACUUCCGUUUGAUGAGAAAUGGUCUUUUUCUGUCUGGCGUCGUCUCAUCUACAUCUGUGGCCCAGAGUGGGACUCCGAUGGCAUAUACAGACCCGGAUACAGGUAUCACCUUUGAUACUUGGACUGUUCCAGAGGCCUUGAGUAAGGGAGGGUUUACAUUUGGCAUGGCCCUGCCAUCAGAUGCUCUGACCACAGAUGCUACCGAAUUUAUCGGCUACUUGCUAUGUUCCUCGCAGAAUGCUACCUUCACUGGGUGGUGUGGUGUGUCUCUCGGGGGUACAAUGACCAAUUCCCUUCUCCUACUGGCAUAUCCAUAUGAUGAAGAUAUUCUUACAUCCUUCCGUUACACCUCAAGCUACCACAUGCCGGAUCUCUACACUGGGGAUGCCAAGUUAACCCAAAUCUCGACCAGCAUCAAUGCAACACACUACAGCUUGAUCUUCAGAUGUUCAAACUGUUUGCAAUGGACUCAGGGUAGCGCGAGUGGAAAUGCCUCCACGAGCAAUGGUCUGGUGAACUUAGGAUGGGCCCAGUCCUUUCCGGCUCCGGGGAACCCCGGAUCUCCCUCUAACAUCUCCCUACAUUAUCACGACAAUGGACACAAUAUCUGGGCAGCUACACUGAAAAAUGCGCCCAACCCGUCAUACACAGACUGGAUCAAAGCGACAGCCACGGGAAGCUCCACGAAAGCUGGACCAACGGCAGCCCCGACUACCUCGGUCCCAGCGGGGACAACGACUCCAAAAUAA